AGCAAAACCGCUGGGUUUUGGAGAGGAAGACUGGACUCAGAAUCCUCCCAGGGUUUUGAAAGUUCAUCUCCAACCUAAGACAAUCUGAGGAGGUGGAAGACAUAUUGGAAGGAAGCAAGAAAGGAAGGAAGAAAAGAAGACCUAGAGACAUAGCUAAAAGUGAACACUGCAUCUCUUGGGUUUUUGGAUGCAUUCUGGGCAUCUCCUUAGGAUGAAAUUUCAGAUAUUUUGGAGAUUUUUUUGAAGACCACCAUAACGAAGGUACAUUCUCAAAUAGAAAAGUUUGGAUGGGAUCAAAAAUGAAUCUCAUUGAACACUCCCACUUACCUGCCACAGAUGAAUUUUCUCUUUCUGACAAUUUAUUUGGUGUACUGACAGAACAAGCAGCAGGUCCUCUGGGACAGAAUCUAGAAGUGGAACCAUACUCACAAUACAACAACGUUCAGUUUCCCCAAGUUCAACCACAGAUUUCCUCUUCUUCCUAUUAUUCCAACCUGGGUUUCUACCCCCCGCAGCCUGAAGAAUGGUACUCUCCUGGGGUAUAUGAACUCAGGCGAAUGCCUGCUGAGACUCUCUACCAGGGAGAGACUGAGGUCGUGGAGAUUCCUGUGACAAAGAAGGCCCGACUGGGUGCAUCAGCAGGGAGAAUAAAAGGGGAUGAGCUCUGUGUUGUCUGUGGAGACAGAGCAUCCGGAUACCACUAUAAUGCACUGACCUGUGAGGGGUGCAAAGGUUUCUUCAGGAGAAGCAUUACCAAAAACGCCGUGUACAAGUGUAAAAAUGGGGGCAACUGUGUGAUGGACAUGUACAUGCGAAGGAAGUGCCAAGAGUGUCGACUAAAGAAAUGCAAAGAGAUGGGAAUGUUGGCUGAAUGUAUGUAUACAGGCUUGUUAACUGAAAUUCAGUGUAAAUCUAAACGACUGAGGAAAAAUGUGAAGCAGCAUGCAGAUCAGGCCAUUAGUGAAGACAGUGAAGGACGUGACUUGCGACAAGUGACCUCGACAACUAAGUCAUGCAGGGAGAAAACCGAACUCACCCCAGAUCAACAGAAUCUUAUUCAUUACAUUAUGGAUUCAUAUAGCAAGCAGAGGAUGCCUCAGGAAAUAACAAAUAAAAUUUUAAAGGAAGAAUUCAGUGCAGAAGAAAAUUUUCUCAUUUUAACUGAAAUGGCUACCAGUCAUGUACAGGUUCUCGUAGAAUUCACAAAAAAACUUCCAGGGUUUCAGACAUUGGACCACGAAGAUCAGAUUGCUUUGCUGAAAGGAUCUGCAGUUGAAGCUAUGUUUCUCCGUUCAGCUGAGCUUUUCAGUAAGAAACUUCCAGCUGGACAUGCUGACCUAUUGGAAGAAAGAAUUCGAAAGAGUGGUAUCUCUGAUGAAUAUAUAACACCUAUGUUUAGUUUUUAUAAAAGUGUUGCAGAAUUGAAAAUGACUCAAGAAGAGUAUGCUCUGCUUACAGCAAUUGUUAUCCUCUCUCCAGACAGACAAUACAUAAAGGACAGAGAAGCAGUAGAGAAGCUUCAGGAACCACUGCUUGAUGUGCUACAAAAGUUGUGUAAGAUUCAUCAGCCUGAAAAUCCUCAACAUUUUGCCUGUCUCCUGGGUCGCCUGACUGAGUUGCGGACAUUCAACCAUCACCACGCAGAGAUGCUUAUGUCAUGGAGAGUGAAUGACCACAAGUUUACCCCGCUCCUCUGUGAAGUCUGGGAUGUGCAGUGAUGGGCAUGGCAGGGGCAAGGUCUAGCUCUUCAUUUUCCUCAUAAUAUAAAUCUGAUAUAUAAACGUUCCUUUAUUUCAUUUGUACCUGGUUUCAUGCAAGAAUUUUCAUCAAUAUUUAUAUGGUAGUUAUAUAACCUCCACAAUUGUAAAUGUGGGGUUAGGUUGAAAUGCUUUCUCUACAUUCUAUUUUACAAGGCUUCAGGGAAUCUUUCAUUCAAAUUGGCAUGCCCUGUUUGCCUAAUUAAAUUAAUCAUCACUUCAAGUCUAUCUGUUGAAAUAGGGAAAAAUCUCUUCUUGCUCUUCAUCCUACCUUAUUGCAUAUAUUUUAUUAAAGGGUUGUGUUCAAUUUGGGCAAUAAACUGAA